AUCUUGUUGAAAAAAAAUGAACUAGAACAAUUGGGCGCAAAUUCUUUUAGCGUUUUAUUCGGCAUCAAUUGGCUAAUAUUUGCUAUUCAAAAGUAUUAGUUAAUCGAAUCCUUGUGCCUUUCGGUACUAUACAAGGUUUAGUCUAUCACUACAUGAUACAAUUCAAGUGAUACGAAUUUGACUACCUAUUCAGAGUGUUAAUAAAUAGUGAAUCUAACAAGAGAUAGUAUUAAAGCUAUUAUGUCUCCGAGAAAAUUAAGAAAAUGCCGUGUAAUAGAUACAUCUGUUAUUAUCACAAGAAAAAGAUCAAAAGCACGUAAUUUGAUAAAUAGAAAUUCAAAUUCUUUACAACCUGCUGAGAAGAAUGUAGAAAAUCAAAAGAAAAAUAAGACCAAUCUUUCAAUUGUAAAAGAUAAACAACUAAAAAAUGAAAAAUCUUUGAAUAUAAAAUUUUCAAAGAGGAAUAUACAGUCGGAAAAAUCAAAAAAAAGUAAUAGUCCUAAUAAAUCUAUAAUGGUAAAAAAUCCUGUGCCAAAGGCAAAUAAAGGUAUUAUGUACAUUGAUACUGAAAGGGAUAUUGAUAACAUAUCAUGUGAACUAAUUAAUGAUUCAUUUAUCGAUUUGAACAUAAAUAAUGAACUGAAAAACAUAUGUAACAUAUCACUCAAUGAAACUAUCACUCCUAAAAGUAGCCCUAUUUCGGUAACUUUAACACCCCAAAGAACAACCAAGACACCAAGAAAAUCACCUUUGCAUUUAACUUCUCCAAAAACACAUUCUGAAGUUCCUCGUGGAAUAUCAAAAACACCUAGAAAGCUCAUGCUUUCUGUUAAUUCCACAACUAAAUUUAAUAAUUCUGAAAUAUCUUUACGAAGCAGAAAGAGUUUGAAUAACAGUACGUUAAACAAUGUUUCAAUGAAUAAUAUUAAAGUAAGACUAAACAAGUUAAACACAAGUUAUGCAUCUACUGAAAAUUUAUCGAGGUUAUCAAAAUCUCCAAAAAUUGUAUUAAGAUCACCAAGCACAAAACCAAAACGUAAAUCAUUGAAGAUGAAGUUAUCUAAUGAAAAAGGUAAAAGGUUCACUGUAACAACAGUGAAAAAAUCUUCAAAUAAGGAUAUGUCAACAAAAGUUUUUAAUAGAUCCAAAAGAGGUAAUAUGAAUCGGAAGUCAUUGUCAAGUAAAGCAAAUGACUUAGAACUAAAUUUGACAAAUGUAAAUAAUCUAUCAGCUUACUAUAAAGAAAUAAUAUCAAAAAAGCCAAUGGUGAUACUUGAAAAAAUUCCAUUACUGGAUAACUUAAGCCUAUUAGUGAAGUCUCAGAAUAAUCAAUAUCCAAUGAAUAGCACAUUCGAUGUAAAGAACGUGCAGAAAGAAUUAUUUAAAGAUUCAGAUUCUCCCAAAAAUUCAAUUUCAUCAAAUAUAUUAUCAAGGAACAAUAAAGUAUUAAAUAAUAUAUUUUCUUUAAAUUUAACAUCAAGCCCACAAAUAAAACGUAAAUCGCAUUUAAAUGAGGAUAUACUUCAUUUAUCACCAAAAGCAACAAGUAGUCCUGUUAUUGAUAACAAAGUGUAUAAAAAUUCUAUUUGUUUAAAUUCUACCAAUAAAAUAAAUAGAUCAUAUAACAAUAGCAAAAAUAUAAAUAUUAAUGAUAAGGAAACAAAUAUAGCAAAUGAGACAUAUGAGCUUCUUGAACCAAAAACUCCACAUUUACAACAACAAUGCAGAAAACGUAGAGCAGUAGAAACAGAUACCAAUAAUAAAAGAGAUAUAAAAAGAGCAUGUAAAGUUCGUUUUGCUGGUUCAGAAUCUCAGAAUAUUAAUAAAUCACAGACAACAGUAUUAAAAACUAAGAAUACUGAACUAAAUAUUUCUUUACCCAAAACAAAACAUAUCAGUAAUCUAACAAUUAGAAAAACUCCACUUAUAAGACAUAUUUCUCAUAAAAGAUCAAGUUCUAUGUCCAAUGAUUUUACAAAUAAAAGCAAAUCAGACUCUGAAUUUAAGAUAAGGUCUAGGUCUACGUCUAAUAUUAAUAGAACACUUUAUAGCAAUAACAGAAAAAUGAACAAGACACUCUCUUCUACAUUAAACAAAACAAAACGUAUUGGAAAUGAAGAAAAAAAAGAUGUCAAAAUACGUAGUGCUAAAAAAAUCCCAAAUUUUUCAGAAAUUCAUAAAAAACUGUUUUCUAAAAUGGAAUCUCUUGUAGAUAAUAAGAAUCGCCUGAUAAAGCAACAUGAAGCAUUAAAAACAUUCAAUGUUUCAAAAUUAGAUACAAAAGAUAUAAAGAAACCAACAGACACAAAACGUGAUGGAUAUACUAAAUUUGGUUUUAAGAUAAGAAAAGCUGACGCUGCCAAUAUUAUUUUAAGAAAGCAACAAACAAUUCGGCAAAAAGAUAAACGAGAAGAAAAUAGAGUACUAUUGAAAGGUGUAAGAACAAAUAGGCGAUUUGAACUUCAAAUGAAAAUGCGUAAACUGUCUGAAUAAGUUGAUAGAUUUUCUUUUAUAUCACUUAAUAUAGAUUACUGUUAGAUAAGGAAUAAGUAAUUAAUUUGGACUAUACUUAUUAUUAUAAUUUUGUAAACAGUAACGCGGCAAUUAUUUUAUUUUGCAUUGUUUGCU